AAUUAAUUAAGAUUCCCAAUUUUUCAGACCAACUCGCAUUAAUUAAGAUUUAAGUCGAGCCUAAUCUAGUCCCCGGCGCACGCACUGCGCUCGAUAACAGCAGCACCCAUGGCCACGGAGCCCGUGCAGAGACGCUCUCAGUCACGCCCCCACUUGCCAUGGCGAGACUAACCUUCGCCGCCGGCGCUGGCGCCGUGGUGGUGGUAGCCACCGCGUGGCUCCUCGCCUCUGCUGGCGUAGCGGCCGGGGACCCGCCGCUCUCACCCAAAGGUCUCAACUAUGAAGUGGCGGCGCUGAUGGCGGUGAAGAGCCGGAUGCGGGACGAGAAGGGGGUGAUGGCCGGGUGGGACAUCAACUCCGUCGACCCCUGCACCUGGUCAAUGGUCGCCUGCUCCCCCGACGGAUUCGUCGUCUCGCUGCAGAUGGCUAACAACGGAUUGGCGGGGGCUCUGUCGCCGAGCAUCGGGAACCUCAGUUACCUGCAGACAAUGUUACUACAGAAUAACAGAAUAUCUGGUGAAAUUCCUCCAGAGAUAGGGAAGCUGGCCAAUCUGAAAGCUCUUGAUCUUUCAGGUAACCAGUUUAUUGGUGAAAUCCCGAAUUCACUGGGGCAGCUGACUCAACUAAAUUAUUUGCGCCUUGAUAAGAAUAACUUGUCUGGACAGAUCCCUAUAGAUGUUGCGAAGCUUCCAGGUCUCACAUUCCUUGACAUAUCAUUCAACAAUUUAAGUGGUACAGUUCCAAAAAUCUAUGCACAUGACUACAGUCUCGUGGGAAACAAGUUCCUUUGCAAUUCCUCAAUUCUACAUGGCUGCACACAUCUUAAUGGAGGAACUAACGAUACAGUGUCUAGACCGUCAAAUAAAACGAAGAACCAUCAUCAAUUAGCAUUGGCAAUUUCCUUAAGUGUCACCUGUGCCACAAUCUUUGUCCUGUUCUUUGUAUGCUGGCUAAACUACUGCAGAUGGCGUUUGCCUUUUGCUUCUUCUGAUCAAGAUCUUGAAAUGGAACUGGGUCAUCUGAAGCAUUUUUCAUUUCACGGCCUGCAAAGUGCAACAGACAAUUUUAACUCAAAGAAUAUAUUAGGCCAAGGCGGUUUUGGUGUUGUUUAUAAAGGCUGUCUCAGAAAUGGAACUUUAGUGGCAGUCAAGAGGUUAAAAGAUCCCGAUGUUACUGGUGAAGUCCAAUUCCAGACAGAACUUGAGUUGAUUGGCCUAGCUGUGCACAGGAACCUUUUGCGCUUGUAUGGAUUUUGCAUGACCUCGAAAGAAAGGUUGCUCGUAUAUCCAUAUAUGCCAAAUGGCAGUGUUGCUGACCGCUUGAGAGAGUAUCAUCAUGGAAAACCUUGUCUUGAUUGGAGUAAACGUAUGCAAAUUGCUAUUGGGGCUGCCAGAGGACUACUAUAUCUUCAUGAACAAUGCAAUCCUAAGAUCAUUCACAGGGAUGUCAAAGCGGCAAACAUAUUGCUUGAUGGAAGUUUUGAAGCAGUCGUUGGGGAUUUUGGAUUGGCAAAACUACUUGACCGACAAGAUUCGCAUGUUACUACUGCAGUUCGGGGAACUGUUGGUCAUAUUGCUCCAGAGUAUCUCUCAACAGGGCAGUCUUCAGAAAAGACCGACGUUUAUGGGUUUGGUAUUCUACUGUUGGAACUGAUCACUGGACCUAAAACCUUGAGCAACGGACAUGGUCAGUCCCAGAAGGGGAUGAUUAUAGAUUGGGUUAGAGAACUCAAUGAGGAAAAGAAACUGGACAAACUAGUGGACAGGGAUCUCAAAGAUUCGUUCGAUGUAGCCGAGCUAGAGUGUGCAGUAGGCGUGAUUCUCGAAUGUACCCUCACCAACCCUAUUCUGCGGCCCAAGAUGUCAGAAGUUCUCCAGGCCCUUGAAUCUAAUGUGACGCUGGCAGAGAAUGGUGUGGACUUGAAUAGAGAAGCGCUGCUGCCUUAUGGAGGCUCUUGCAGUUUCUCUGUGAGACAUGAGGAUCCUCACGACUCAUCGUCCUUCAUAAUAGAGCCAAUUGAGCUAUCCGGUCCUAGAUGAUGACAAGUGCUGGUUUCACGAGAGAAAACAGAGGAAAGCGAUGAUAGUUGUACAAAACAUGUAUAGACUGGAUGUAGUCCAACUUGGGAGGAGUUUCCUCAGGUUGCGUCUCACAAACCAUUUUCGGCUAGAAACUAGGAAGAUCAUAUGUUUCCACUGCAAAUCUGUAUGCCACCACAAACUGCAACCAGUAUGGUCUUUAGGAUAGAGAUAAUUACCAUGAAACCAUCACAUUUAGGUCUAGGGUAGCGAUUGGUACCAGAUUUGGAGCAAAUCACACCGCAACACCAUUUUAGCUUAUGAGAGAAUCAGUGUGGUUACCUUGGCACCAAACAUGGCGGUUUUAUGCAAUUUUGGUCUCCUGAAGACUAUUACUUCUACA